AUGCAUACUGACAAGGGAAACAAAAGUGCUUCAGAGGCACCAAAGAACCCUCUUGACUUGCUACCACCAAGCCCAAUGGUUCUCGAUGAUUGGAAGAGGCUUUACUCAAACACCACCAAAUCUAACCUCCGUGAGGUUGCUGUUAAAGGAUUGUGGGACAUGUAUGACCCAGAGGCUAGGGAUACUCACUGUGGUUCUGUGACUACAAGUACUAUAAAGAGAACAUGA